AUGGCAAUGUAUAAUUCCUUUGAGUAUUUCAGUAAGUCAGAACAACGUCAAGUACCGUACGGUAAAAUUUUGACGACAUUCUCAGUGUGGGCGAUUUGGAUAGCGGCAUUCGGCAAUUUUACGUGUGUCAAUUUGAUGUUCCUUUUCUCGCCGACGUUCCUCCACGCUGUGCUCGGAUUCCAUGUUCACCACACUGGUUUAACGGCCGCAUUUGCACCGUUACUUCAAUUUGCGAUAAAAAUCAGUUGUGGUAUUGCGAGCGAUAAGAUCAGAAAUGUUGAUGAAUCUGUUAAGCUGAAGGUUGGUUUCAGUGAGUUUUUUUUUAAUGUGAAGAUGUUCACUUGUGCCCCGGCGAAAAUUUCAGACAAUAUAUCAUCUAAAUCGUUGAUAUUUCAGUUGUCCCGAUCUUCUAAGCUUUCAUGUAAGGAAUUCUUCGAUUUCGUCACUUAUUGA